AAGAGAGCGUUGUUUAGUCGACGAUUGCAUUUUUUGUGUGUUAACCACUUUAAAAGACAUGUUAUCCAAAUCGUCCCAUGGACUCGGCUGCUCGCUCAAUGCUUUUAGUUUCUGUUUAUCUUCUGUUACUCUUCUGUUUGGCUUGGGUGGAUUUAUGCGGGUAGAAAUAAAACUCGCCGAUCAUGAUGCAAAACUUUAUGCUGUGCAGCAACAGUGCGUUCAACAAGCUGCGAAUUGUUCUCCGCAUUUUCAAGGUAAGAAAGUAAAGCUAUAAAUAUAUUUUGCCAUAUUCAAAUAAAGAGAAAGUUGUUAUGAUCAUUCAUUUUAUGAUCGUUUUGUUCUGGUUUUCGUUCUUAAGGCACAAGAGGGGCUUUCAUUUCUAGGGGAUAAACUUCCACAAUUCGCACAGGGACUUGCCACCGGAAGGGGUUUGGAUUAUUAGCCUCUCAUCCUCAAAAGAGAGGAGAGAUCCACCGCAAUUUUGUUUGUUUUUUGCCCCUAAUAACAUAAUCGUUUGGGAAAGCGGUUUGCCAAUCUUAUAGCUGGGAACACCUGAGCUCCAGAGGGUCAGGUAAAACACAGGACUUAUUUCAUUAUAGCCUGUUCACAGACCCUCUAUUUUCUCUUCAAAGUCCCUUGAGCGCGCGUGAUAACAUAUAAACCGCGGGGAUUUAUUGACCGCCAGCGCAAGGGAGUAGUGGUAGGGGAAGAAGAAAAUAGACGUUGUUUAUUUUUCUUUCUAGCGCUCCACGCUCGUUUUCUCGCGCGAGCGAAGUGAGCGCGCUUGAAAAGAACGAAAAGAAAAAUAAAACAACGUCUGUAUACAGGCUUAUUUCAUUAUGGCGUCAGCUGGCUGGGAAGGUGACUAGAACUACUAAAGUUGAUUUCUGUUUUUCUUUCACGGCGAUUUAAACAACAAUAGACCAAAAAUUGCAGAACAAAACAAGAAGGAUUGUACCUUCCUAUGCAGACGUUCUUAGGGCUUUGUCUCGCGUUCCUUAAUAAAUUGACGAAGCCCAAUAAGAAAGUUUGCGUGGGAGGCUAGAACGAUUCAUGUGGUGGUGGCAGCUAAAUGCGCCAUCGCGUCAAAAGUUUUAUUUGUCGCCUUUUCUUUCUAAGCAGAGUCCGAUUUUCAAACCACUGAGAUCAUUAGUAGGGAACGUCGCUCUCAAUCGGGAUUUCCAGUUAUCAACGGCAGCAGAAGGGACAUGGACGCUAACGCAGCUAAAAAACUGAGAGAAAUAAGAGAGGAAAUCAAGGAGAACCUUAAGAAAAUGAAAGAGGAGAAUACGCGAGUCUGCAGGACUGCUCUUGGCUCGGUAAGAAAGACGAGUAACAAAUUAAACACGAGAUAUCCAAGCACCGAGAAAGCUGUUUCAUCUGAUAUUCAAACACCGGUACCCGAAAAGUAAUAUAACAAAUACGAGAAGGGGUGUUUUAUCUGAUAUCCAAACACCAGGAUGUAAUAUAACAAACACGGGAAUGAGUGUUUCAUCUGAUAUCCAAACACCGAAAAGUAAUGUAACAAAAACGAGAAGGGGUGUUUUAUCUGAUAUCCAAACACCGAAAAGUAAUAUAACAUACACGAGAAUGAGUGUUUCAUCUGAUAUCCAAACACUGAAAAGUAAUAUAACAAACACGAGAAGGGGUGUUUUAUCUAGUAUCCAAACACCAAGAUGCAAUAUAACAAACACGGGAAGGAGUGUUUCAUCUGAUAUCCAAACACCGAAAAGUAAUAUAACAAACACGAGAAGGGGUGUUUUCAUCUGAUAUCCAAACACCGAAAAAGUAAUAUAACGAAAAGGGUUUUUUUUAUCUGAUAUCCAAACACUGAAAAGUAAUACAACAAACACGAAAAGGGGUGUUUUAUCUGAUAUCCAAACACCGAAAAGAAUUUAAAAUUCCAAGAAGGAGUGGUUCAUCUGAUAUCCAAACUUCGAGAGUUAAUGUAACAAACAUGAGAUGGAGUGUUUCGUCUGAUAUCCACACACCAAGAAUGUUACGGAAGUAAACACCAGAAUGAGUGUUUCAUCCGAGAUCCAGACACAGAAGAAUAAGUAUAAGGCUAUGUUCAUCCGGCACUAUAUCGGACAACUUUUCUUGGCGCCAUGUGAAAAAGUGUGAACACCUUUCCUAUAUGUGACUUUCCACUUUUUUUCUCCCAUGUUUAGGUCACACUUGGAAAUUUCUUCAACAGAAUCAAAAGUUAGUUAAUGAGAGGGGCUGAGAUUGGUAUUAUUCGUAAUAAAUCCGUGUAGGAGGUUUUUAUAAAGACGGUCCCAAUCGAUGAUUGUCCCUAUUAUAAUUAAAAGUCUUUACGGAAGCGCCUGGAGGACCGCUUGGGGGCUCAAAGGGAGAAAAAGGAGAUAAAGGACUCAAGGGGGACAACGGGGUCACCGGGGCCCAUGGAGCUCCGGGUGUAAAAGGACAAAAGGGUGAAAAGGGAACUCAGGGGAUUCAAAGUUCCCAAUCCCCUCGGGUCGUGGUAUAUCCGCCAAUAUUGACUGUGAAGGAGAAUCAGACUGCAAGAUUCCAUUGUGUGGCUUCUGGUAGGUACAAACUGAAUGAUGUUCUUAAUAAGAGUGGAGGGAAAAGCUACGAUAAGUUGUAAUAACUGCUUAGGUACAGUCACUGCUUCCCUGUGGUGCUGUGUAAUGAUCUGUACAAAGUGAUUCUAUCUUCUGAGUCUGUUGAUGAAAUCCUAAAGUGUGACCAUUCAAAUGCAAGCUACUGAGCAGUACUUUCCUGUGUUACUGUUGAUUAUGCUGUACAAGGUGGUUCAAACUUUCGAGUCUGUGGAUGAAAUCCUAAAGUUUGACUAUUCAAAGGAGAGCAACUUAGCUGCACUUUCCGCUGGUACUACUUUCAUAGCUUACAAUGUGGUUCUAACAUUUGCGUCUGUCGACCAAAAAUGGUGCUUUUCCGCUAUUAGCCUGAUGCUGCUUGUUUGUUUUUGUUUUUAAUUUUAAUGUACUUUUUGUCUUCUUCAUCAUCGCCAUAGGUGACCCAAAACCCAUCAUAGCGUGGCGUAAAGAUGGCACAGUGCUGGGGAAUAGCCAGAAAUACUCAGUAAGACGGAACGGCGCCCUGAUUAUCACGCAUGCUCAGUACAAUGACAGUGGACGUUAUGAAUGUGUAGCUCGGACAAACUGGGAACAAGCGGAUGGUUUCACGAAUCUUAUGGUCAAAGGUAGGCGUAAGGAACGGGAAAAAUGAAAGGAAACGCUACUAUUUGACAUCAGUAAAAUCCAACUAGUGGUUUAUUAUCAAUGCUGCGUUCUCAUUUAUUGAGCUACUACUGGGCUAUAUGUUGUAGCCCAGCAGUAGCGAAAAGCAAAAGUCUAGCUUUAACUAGCUAAAAAAAGACCAACUAUUUGGAUUUUACUAAAACAAUUAUUCCUCUCGCCCUCAUGGCCUCAGAGUCAAUAGCCCAUUAGGCCGACUCAGAGCCCAUUCGGGCUCCAGGAAUAAUUGUUAAAUAUACCCAUGCUACCGUCGUUAUUUACAUGGUUUCAAGUUUCAAUUACCACUUAGGCACGUAGUGAUCUAUUUUCUCCCCUGAUUGAGCAAGAAGUCAAAGAAUCCACCGAGCAGACCACUGAAGGAUGAAUGGAAGAGGAGAGAAUGUUGAAAUUGAAAUAAACCAAACAAACGAUUUAAUUAGUUUCAAUAUAUCGUACGAACACUCUUAUUCUUCGAACAUUUCAACUUCAGUAAAAAUAAAACAAACUGCGGUAACAAACAUGAUGAAACAACGCUUGUCGUAAAAAACCAAGAUUUUAAAAACUUGACGUUUCGUAUGUAUCAACAUACAUCUUCAGAAGUGACGUUAAAAAGAUUACAGUAAAAUUUAAAUAUCUAGAAAAACACUGGAUACUAAUAAACAGGUAAAAACAAUAACUAAUGGCAACAAAUGAUGAUGACAGACUCAAUUUGAAGUCUAGUACAGCCCUUCUCUAUUUAUUCUUGUAAUCUGAUAUUAAAAACUUAAGAAUAAUAUUUUAAUAUUGAAAUAUAAGAGCGAAAAGAUAGUAUUAUGUUAUUUGGUCUGUUUUUAACAGUGUAAAUUUGUCACUUAUCCCAUAUUAUCAUGAUCACAGUAUCUCCUCGCAUCAAACGACCCUCUCAACCAGUAAUAUACGUCACGAAAGGAAAGGACGCCUUCUUCCCAAAGUGCAUUGCUUUUGGCUAUCCCUUACCAACCGUCACGUGGUCUCGAGUCUUCUCCAGUUUCCCGGAAAGACGCAGCUUCACUAGUGAUGGCAAUCUCACCAUUGUCAACACUACCACUGGGGAUUCUGGGAUAUACGUAUGUGAAGCUGUGAAUACCAUUGGCAGAGCCCGAGUCAUGACGCAGUUGGUUGUUCUCACGGUACCAAGCUUCACAGUGAAACCGCCAGAGAUUCUCACUGUUAACACAGGUGAAAAUUUUCGCUUAAGUGAAAGUGCAUCCAGCGAAGAAGGGUUACUCGGCUACACUAGCUACCCUAGGCGAGCCAACUUAUAUGCAUUUCCCUACAAAGCAUGUUUAACCGUUAAUACAAGAAACAAAAAGUUGGCUCUGCUAGAAGGGUGACACACCUAGCCGGGUCACCGUUUUACGAUUGUAGAGUCACGCUCCUAACUUGGCGUCUUUUCUUCAAAUAAACACUUUGGCUGGUCACAAUCGGAGCAUGAACUAGCGCUGUUAUCUCAGGCAAAGGGGUCGACAUUGCGUUUCCCUAUAAACAAUCUCUAAAGCUGACUCGGCUGGGAGGGUGACCCUCUUUCCCGGGAAAAAAUCCCCCCAAAAAUCGACCCUGCGCAGUGUGAAACUCUUGUCCUUACUCCACCCUUACUUAAGGGACGUGCAUGUUUCCACAAACAAACUAAAUUUAUGCAAUCCUUUCCAAAUUUCAGUAUGUCUUCUAAGUUUGUGUACAGUUAUAGUGAUUUAUCCGCAAAAAUAUUUCAAGUUCAUGAGUUGUCUCCUUAAUUAUACUGCAAGAAUGAAUAGGGCAAAAGCUUUAGAAAUUCACGUGUUUAUCUUGUCUGACAGGUGAUAUACUGAAGGUUAAUUGCAGCGCACAGGGUAACCAAACCUUACGUAUCACUUGGAGUCGUGAGUACGCUGAGCUUCCUGUGCGAAGGGCGACUGUGGGCGGAGAUGGGACCCUGACCGUCACUCAGCUGGUUCCUGAGGAUGCUGGGAAAUAUUUCUGUACUGCAAGUAGCGUUGGUGGUGCCAUCAAGAUAACCGCUGACAUGAACCUCAUUGUCUUAAAGAGUGAGUGGCAUAUUUCAGUUUUUGGUUUGUGACUAGACAGCUUAUGGACGUUUUGCGUAAGUAUACUCAGAAAUUUUCCAGGUUUUUUUUCGAACCUUCCAAGUCGGCGGUACCCUACUUGUCAAUGUUUAUUUUCUCUCGUGGCAUGGGCUCCCGCGUGCCGCUAUUGAGUGCGAAGUACCUGCGUCGGGUUCCGAAGCUACGGGCGGAGCGAAACCGAGUCACUAUAGAACUUGACCGAAACCAGAAACCCACGCCUGACAAGUCCCGCGCGCAUAAGCUAGGGUAGUCGUGCGUAUCCUCGACAUACAGUGAAGAUGAAAGCCCGGAAGUGGGAGAUGAAGCGUGGCAGAGCGAAAACGUUUCCGGAAAAUGAUUACUGUUCCGAGCCUUUCUUCUCUAAGAAAAUAGGAGUUCUGGGCUAUCAGCAGUCCCUUCGCAUAUUACUCAACAGGAGCCAGUCGCAUACGAUGUAACUUAAGACGUUAAAAUAUAACUAACGUCUGCUGUCGGUCAAUUUCAAGUAAAACUUCACCUAUAUGUAUGAGUAACUGGGUAUUAAAGUUAGUUUUUUUUUUCAACAUUGUUACUCACGUUCAAUACCUCAGUUGUGAACAAAACAGGGUUCUUUUUCCAUGUCAAAGUUGCAUCAAACCAACAAGCCGAUCCAUAUGCUCCUAAUGUGUCCCGGAAAGUUUUCGUUUCUUUGAAGAACGACUGUUAGUAGUUUGUGAAAGUUAAUUAGUCGCUUAAGAGUUGGUUUUGUCUAUAAUAAUCUGACUUUAAAUCUAGACUGGUUACAUGUACAGAUAGGUUCAAUUGUACAAUUAAACAUAACAGUUUAUACAGUUUUUUUCUAUAUUUAGAGGGCUUAAAGCGAGGCAUUUGCCCCAUUCCACUCCCGGUUGAUUCAUGUGAGGGGGAGACUGAUGACGAAUGCACGCUUGACUCUGAUUGUUUUGGUGACAAGAAGUGUUGUUCGGAUUCAUGUCAAAAGCUCUGUGUUCAACCGCCACAAAGUAAGUGUGAUUUAUUUAGUAGGCAGGCACGUACUAGUGCUCAGGCUACCCCGUCUAAGUAUUUCUGGUGGAUGAAAUUUUUUUUGAUCUUAUGACUUAAGUAGACUUGCAGUAAGAUGGCUUAUGACUAGUAUCCACCCUUUACGCAAAGAAACGCAGAGAAGUUUUCUGUUUUGUCAAAAUAAGCCCUCAGAACUAACAUGGUCAUUGUGAAUAGUCUAGAAACCAUGGAAGCUUUGAUUGGCUAAAGGGUUUCAACGGAUCCUAUCUCGCGUUAACGGCGCGUUAACGUAAAAUCGAGCGCUGAGCCAAUCUCCUCCCCAACUCAUCGCUUGAAGCAAGAGGGGGACGAUUAAAAGAACGAGAACUGGGAACGAGGCUGGCGGGGAGCGUUAGCGCAUAAUUAUUUCAUUACGUCUCCCCUUUUAAGCGCCUGCUGAGACUCAGGAUACGGACAUCGUUUGUCCUGGCCUCUUGGUUCAGUUUUUAAUGCUAAUUUCAUUUCUUCUCAAAGCCAAGGAUUGCGUCGAUAUCCACUACGCUGGCUUCCAAACCAGUGGUGUAUAUUCGAUAAACCCUGAUCGAAGAACAGAAUUCAAGGUAUACUGUGAUUUGGAAACAGAUAAUGGUGGUUGGAUCGUGUUUCAAAGACGUCAAGAUGCGUCUGUCAGUUUCCAUCGCACGUGGGAUGAUUAUAAACGCGGUUUUGGCGACCUCAAGGGGAAUUUCUGGCUUGGAAAUGAUAAAAUUCAUCGCAUCACCGCGGCCAACAGGAUGAUCUUGCACAUUGAUCUCCAAGACUGGAAUGGGGUUAAAGUUUUCGCUCGCUAUGAAAAUUUCAAAAUUGGCGACGAAAAGUCGAGGUACACGUUAACGGCCAGCGGUUAUAACGGUACAUCCGGGGAUUCUCUGAGUUACCAUAACAACAUGAUGUUUAGUACAACGGAUAUAGACAAUGAUAAAUGGGAGUCUGGUAGCUGCUCAAAUGAUCUGACCGGGGGAUGGUGGUUCAAUGAUUGUCACAUGUCGAAUUUGAAUGGACAGUAUUUGGGCAACACCAAGGCGUAUAAUGGCGUAGGAUGGGCGCGCUUUAAACACAAUCUGUCUUUGAAGUUUGUGGAAAUGAAAAUGAGACCACUUUCGUUUGAAAAGGAAAGAGAAGACGAAUAAGAAACGUAAACCCGCUAAUUGCCGGCUUUAGAGUGACGAUAGUGACUUUAAGAUGACACAUAUAGAAUUCCAAACAUGGUAAUAUACACAGGAAACCUAUGUUUAAAUUCGUAAAGCAAGCGUUAGCAAAUAUGCACAGGGUACCUACAGUUGAGAAAAAAGAGCCCUUUGCUUUUGUUGCCCUAAGUAUCUUCAAAAUUCGUCCGGCGCGUCUGAACUUAUUCUAAGAAGCAUACGCAAAAAGGCGUCUAAUUGUUACAAGGUUUUUGGACCUGAUCAAUGGAAUAAUAAACAUCAAUGGU